AAACGACAUUUUAUUUACUCAUAUCAUUGUUAGAUUUGCGAUUAAUAAGAUUUGUAAUCUCGAUACCCAUUUAACAGCUACAGGUGAUGAUGAAGGUAUAGUCAAGGUAAAUGCAAGGAUAUGCUUCAUUUCUUUUUCUUUUUUUUUAUUAAAUAAAAAAGAAUAAAAAAAUAAUAUAUGAAUAGAUAUGGGAUAUGAGGACAUGUAAGCCACUUCAAGAAUAUAAAGUGCAUGAUGAUUUUAUAGCUGAUAUGAAUUAUUGUAAAUCAAGGUCAAGCUUAUUAGUAGCAGGGUAAAUGAUAAAGACGAGAGAUUAGUUUUUAUUUACUCAUCAUUAACCAUAGAGGAGAUGGUUUACUUUCAAUUUAUGACAUAAGGAAACCAACAGACAAAAUCAAAAUGACAACAGAAUUAGAUGAUGAAUUAUUGUCGAUGGAAGUUAUUGAUAAUGGAAAUAAAGUUAUUGCAGGUUCACAAAGUGGAGCAUUAUACAGUUGGAAUUGGGACGGCUGGAAAGAAUCAAGACGAAAAUGGUUAGGACAUCCAAGUUCUGUUGAUGCCAUGUGUAAAUUGGAUGAACAAGUGAUUUGUACAGGAGGUAAUGAUGGUCUAUUACGAAUGAUUACAGUCUUGCCUCAAUAUGGCUUUGAAGGCAUUUUGGGGGAUCAUGGAGAAGAUUUUCCUAUUGAAUGCAUCAAGUUGGAUCACAAACAAAAAUAUUUAGCAAGUUGUGGACAUGAUUUAAAGCUCAAAUUUUGGAAUAUUGAAUUCUUAUUUAAAGGAGAUAAUUCGAAGAAAGAGAAGCGAAAAUGGAUCGUUAUUGAUGAUGAUAAAAAUAAAGAAAAAUAUGCUACACCUCGUUUUACCAAACAUACCAUGAAUAAAUUUGAUCCAGAGGAUACAAAUUUAGAUGGUAUUUUAGCUAAUAAUAAGAAAUGGGCAGAAGAAGUCAUGAAAGAAGAUCCCGCAUUUUUAAAGAAUAUUGCUUUAAAACAGCAACCCAAGAUUCUUUGGAUUGGUUGCUCGGAUUCUAGAGUUCCUGCUAAUGUCGUUACGAGCUUACCCCCUGGUGAAGUAUUUGUACAUAGAAAUAUCGCCAAUGUUGUUACACAUGCUGAUCUUAACUGUUUAUCUGUUCUACAAUAUGCUGUUGAAGUACUUAAGGUAGAACAUAUCAUUGUAUGUGGUCAUUAUAAUUGUGGUGGUGUCACUGCUGCACUUGGUCAUCAACAAUAUGGUCUUAUUGAUAACUGGUUAAGAAGCAUUAAAGAUGUGUAUAGACUUUAUAAAGAUGAAUUGGAAGCCAUUCAAGACGAAGAAAAACGUCUUUAUCGACUUAUUGAAUUGAAUGCUAUUAACUCUGCAAAGAAUGUUUGUCAUUCAACCAUUGUUCAAAAUGCAUGGGAAAGAGGACAAAAGUUAACUGUUCAUGCUUGGGCGUUUAAUAUAGAAACAGGUAUUGCAAAGAGAUUAGAAUGGAUGGCUAAAGAUAGAAAUAAGGUGGAUCCUAUUUACAUCACCACUGAGUAA